UUGCAACGAUUAUGGAGGUUAUACAGAUAAUGAAGGCGCGUCCAUUUCGAGGCACUAUAGUUGACAAGGCAGUGCAUGACCAUUGGAAGCCUCAUCCUGACGUCUCCUCUAACCCAACGCAGAAGAACAGAGUAUUAUGUUUUGGAGAGAAGAAAGAGAAGAAAGGUGGUCAAGGUUCAGUUGAGUCUAUUGAGUCCCAGAACAGGUUCUUGCCAUACUGGAAUUACUUGUAUUUGUGGGCUUGCAUGAUGCGUAAACAUGAGUUGGCGGAAAUACUCUUGCGAAAAGUGGAGAAUCCGAUCGCCAUGGCUCUGAUAACAUAUAAUUUGUUGAAGGCUGUGGAACGACAAACAGACGACAAAGUGCUAAAGACUGAUCUUCAGAAAUACAUAAAAAAAUCAUCUGCUAUGGCGACGGGUAUUCUAAACGAAUGUGCCCAGAGUGAUGACACAAUUACGAAUCAGAUAUUAACGCUAGUGAUACCAUUUUGGCAGAAGACGACAUGCAUAGAAUUGGCUAUAAAAUCGAAACAAAUGGAUUUUCUUGACCAGCUAGCAGUCCGCAAUCUGUUUGGAACUAUUUGGAAUGGAAAACUCGAGGAUACAACUACGUUAAAGUUUUUCUCUUGUAUAAUGUGUCCAGCGUUAUCGCUAAAACUAUUGAAUUACAAAACGGACAAAAGUACGACCCAGGACAACACAGUCGAACGAACAGCACCGAAAAAGAUCUGUGCAAACCUUGGCAAGAUCAAGGACUUCUUACAAGCUCCAAAAACAAAACUUGCGUAUAAUUUGAUAUCGUAUGUGAUGUUUCUGAGCCUUUUCGCGUUCGUACUGCUGUUUGAUCUCGCAUCAACGAUCUCGAACUUUGAAUAUGUAUUGAUGACAUGGGUAUUGGCUAUACUGGGAGAAGAAAUAAGACAGAUGGCUACGUCGAAUGAGAAAAAAGAGUACUUCUCGAAUGGAUGGAAUAUCAUUGAUAUGUGUACAAUCGCCAUGUUUUUUAUCGGAUUUGGACUGCGAUUCAAACACUUUGAAGACGCGUUGGAUUGGCCCAGAGUCGUGCUUGCUGUCGAUUUUGUAGCGUUCUUCUUCAUACUGAUCCACAUAUUCUCUGUUCAAAAUAUUCUUGGUCCCAAACUUAUUAUGAUUCAACAAAUGUUAAAGGACCUGGUGUAUUUCCUUGUUAUUUUGGUGGUGUUUGUAUUAUCCUACGCGAUUGCCUCGCACUCCAUCCUCUUCCCUGAUUCUCCAUUUACUUGGGAAACAUUUCGACAAAUAAUAAGAAGACCUUACUGGCAUCUUUAUGGAGAACUGUUUCUAGAAGAUACGGAAGGUUCUGCGGAUUGCACAACGGAUGUUAGGCUUUGGACAAACGGAAUAUAUCCGCGUUGUCCAAGCAAAACUGGACAGAUUGUGGUUCCAAUCAUGAUGGGGAUCUAUAUGCUUUUCACCAAUAUACUCCUUCUCAACCUUCUGAUUGCUAUGUUCAGUCACACAUUCGAGGGUAUUCAUAAGCGAUCGGAAUCGCUGUGGUGUUAUCAGCGAUACUUCAUACUGAAGGAGUACGGAAUGAGACCUGUUAUAUGUCCUCCUCUAAACAUAUGUUGGCACAUAUACGAUCUUGUCCAACGCGUGUGCUGUCGACAGGCGACUGUAGAAGAUCCUUUUCGAUUUGAUAACGACGAAAAACGCUCAAACAGUGCUAGAACAGAUGCUGUAAAGUCAACAAUUAUUGAGAUAAGAGAUAGGUUUAUGCUUGAAUAUUAUUACCCUGUCAUGCAAAAGAGGGUCAGAACUCUUGUAUGCAAGGUGUAUGGUGAUGUGGACACGAUCGUUGAGAAGACUUAUAGCUAUACCGAAGAUCCUAGAUGGGUACGUCGGAUAACACAAAUGGCUAACACGUUGCAAUCGCUAUGGAAAGUGGUAUUUUCAUUUAGCAAUACAUGUACCAACUUUCGCCUAGAGGAAUACUUAAAAACAAGCGAAGAGGAUUUUUGGGACAAACAAAUCCAUUUACGUACAAAGAAGGCAAUGAAUACAAUUCUUCAACAGAUAUGUGACCUUGAAACAAGAAUAUAUGUUUUGCAUAAUUUACCUCUUCACGUGUUACAAAGAAAUUCAUUCGAAAAAUACAUUGAGUCUGAAAAUAAAACCCAAUCUGAACGAACCGAAACGAUGAUAAAGACAAUAAAAAACAGACUCAAUCGUCUGACAAAACAUGAAGAGGAAUUUCGAAAUGCGAUCUCGACUCAGUUAAAAGACAUGAAAGCAGAAAUUAUGGAGUCAAAGUCAAAACAAGACGAGGUGUUCCAAACUACGAUGCUGAGUAAGAUUAAACAAGCGGCUGAGAGGGAGGAUGAGUUUAGACGCUUGGUUCUGGCUCAGCUUAACAAAAUUGCAGGACCUGCACAGGAAGAAGGCUGACAGCGAACAUAAAGCGGAUUAAGGAAAGGAGCCGUUAUGUGAACACGAUACAUAAUUGACAAUACUGUAUCUAGACCAGUUGGAAAAAGAGAGUUCUAACACUAGGAGUCUGUAUGAACGAUGUCUAUUUUAGCUCUAUAGAAUAGCUUUAAUAUAUUCACAAUUCCAUUGUGAAUGUUUUUGCCGAACUAUGUGUUACGUCCUACAACAACGAACUAUUGAAGUGAAUUAAUAUGAAUCUACUGAAGAAUAUCGUGAAAAAGUAUGUAUUCAAUAAUACGGUGGCGUAUUUGCAAUGAAUAUACGGAUUUGCUUUUGCCUCUCGUUGUAUUGAUACAUUUUGUUUUCAAUGUAGGCAAUGUUUGCACAUGUCAUUCAUAUUCGGUGUGAUUGCAAAUGACUAGAGAGUAUGGUAAAAAUUAACAACAACAGCUUCGUUACAAUUGUUAGCCAAAAGAUAGUGUGUGAUAAUAUGACGAAUCACGUUAUUACUGGCACAUUUGUCAAUUUUUACGUAUAUUGUACAUGAUAUUGGCUGUGCACAUGUUUCAUUGUCUGAAUCUUAGUUUAUGGUGUAUGUUGUACUUAUUUGUACUAUAACGUGAUACAAUUUAUGUAUGUAAAGAAAGACCACACUUAACGCAUGCUUUGUAUAUCUUCAUAUUGUUGUACAUUUCACAGUGAAGUUGUAUAGUGUUGGUAGUGGAAGAAUGUGAGUGUUAGGUGACUGUGUUUGGUACUGAUUUCAUACUAUCUGAUAAUAUAAUUAUUUAAAACGAGAACUGAUUUUUCAUUGCAAAUGCACAUUUUCUUAAAAGAAAUAUUCAUGUUAAUGGCAUAAAAUGAUAGUGAUCAGUUGUUUUACUACCUUUUUGACACUUUUUAAACGCUGUCGAUAUUGUUUGCCUGUUAUUGUUUCUUCAUAACGUGUGUGCGUCUUUUGAUGUGUUUAGGAGUCCUUUAUUUACACAAAUUUCCAUAUUUCAUAAGCAUGUAAAUGUUUAUUUGUCCUUUUAUCGCUGUAUCUAGGCACACAUAUUAUUGCAGUAAUAUGUAUUUAUUCAACGUCCUGUAGAAUUAGAUGGUUUUAACAACACAAUCAUCAUUUUAAUAGCACAACAGCGUUUUAUUAUGCCCCAUAUACUUAUUCUAAUAAUACCAAUACUAACAUCUACUUUGUUACCUGUUUCGGGCAUUUAGAAGCAGGGGCCGAACACUCCCAACAUUAAAAAAAAACAUUUUAACCUGUUUGGGGCAUUUAAAAACUGGGGCUUGAUUGGAUCAUACAAAAAUUGUCACAAUCAAAGUCCGUCUGAUGCAUAUAACUGUAAGUGUGUUUCUCCAUACUAUUUUGACAUUACUUUUAAUUUUCGAAUCCGUCGUUGUGCUCCCUUUGAAAUGCAUAUAGCAUUAUUUUCACUAUACCAUACAAUAUCCAUUUAAAGCAGAUGAAAAUGAAAGUAUAUUAAAAAUGUGCAUUCUUUAAUUGCAUAUGGCAGUGCAUGUUAUUCAUAUAAAAUGUAAAUGUUAUAUAUAUAACAGUUUUAAUGAACAGAUAUAUUUUAUGCAAAUCAUUGUUUUUUGUUUUAUUUUAACUUGUACCUGUAUUUUCAUAUUGUAUGACUUCUAAAGGGGGUAUCCUUUUGAAUGCCUUAUUGUUGUUUGUUAAGAUGUUUAGUUUGGAAGCUUAUUUGUUGGUGUUCUUUUUUCAAAAAUUGUGAUGUGAUAAGCAGUUAGUUAGCAACUGAAUGUAAAGCACAUAAUGAAACUAACAAUUAAUAAAAGUAUGUACCGUUUUCUAUAAUGUGUUUCUGUGUGACUUAACAGUUCAUGAAUCAAUGUUUCGUUGAAUGAAAUUUAUAAAUUGUAUAUAGUUUUUCUUACAAACCUACAAAACAGACUGUUUAACUGUCAUAUAAUUGUAUUCAUACUGUGCCAAUAUGACAUUGACUUUUAGUUUCGCUUUUCUUUCGAGUUUAGUGCUACAGAUCCGAUGAAAAAAAAGUUUAAAGAAUGUUUGUUUUUAUAACGUGUGUUAUUGUUAUGCAUUUGCAUAAUAUUUUAUUUCUGUAUUAUGUAACAUGAAUAGUUAAUUAAGCACGACCAGGUAUUAUUUUAGAUAGGUUCAUACCAAAUUAAGUAUAUACGUAGUAUUUGAUUGUUUACACAUUCUGAUUAUGAAAGCAGUUACGACCAAGUAUAUCAUUUUCCUUGAUCGACGCAUUGCAACCAACAUACAGUGAAAUACUUACGUCAUUAAUAAAACAGAUCAAUAGAUCUUUUUUUAAGUUUUUCAUAAAUGUUAUCGAAAAACUUUACACUACAUGCUUUAUUUUUGUUUAGAUUCAUAAACAUAAGUUUUCUAAUAUUGACAUGCACUUUAUUAGUGUUUGAACGCAUACAAUAAUCUUAUACAUUUUUUUUUCCUAACGCAAUAAUGUGCUGACAUGAUUUAACAAGAACUAUUUAGCGAUGUAUGGAAAGCGAAUGUAGUCAGUAACAGAUAAACAACAGUAACAGAUAAACAGCCCUCCAAAU